AUGAGUGGAGGGGUAGGUCUUGGGAUGCAACAGUUCCCCAGGUCGCCCGUCUCGCCGAGACAGACCACAUCCUACUCCGGUUUCCAGCUCCCAUCCUCAGGCUCCUCCCAGGCAUCAAACGACUCGGACUCAGACGAUGGCGCUCUACCUUUUCCGACCGCUCUCGCCAGAAAAGACUUUCUAGUACCCGACUUCGAUGCCGCCGCCUACCUGUCAUCGCUGUUCCCGUCAGACAUCGACACGACCUCGGCGCACCGGCACCAGACUCUGGAAGAUCUACGUUCGGAACUGAGGGAACGGAGCGCUACCAUCUCGGCGGAGCUGCUCGAGCUCGUCAACGCAAACUAUACUUCAUUCCUUAGCCUGGGCGACGAGCUCAAGGGCGGUGAGGAUAGGGUUGAGGAUGUGCGCGUUGCCCUGCUUGGAUUCCGUCGCGCCGUCGAUGACAUCAAAAGUCAGAUUGCAAAGAGGAAACGUGAUGUUUCUGAUGCCUGUGACGAGCUGGGUGCCGUAAGGCAUGGCAUCGAAACGGCGCGACGCAUGCUGGAGCUGGAUGAGAGGAUAGGGGCACUGGAGGCCAGGCUGGCUGUCGACAGUCUGCCCAAGGGCUCUGUGGAUGAUAUUUUUGACGACCUUAGUGACGAGGAUGACGAUGAAGAGGACGAUAUGGACGACAACGAUGACGGAGUGGAUAAAACGCUCGUUGGGAGCAGUCCAACGAGAUUACUUGCCCUGUCGAGAGAGUACAUGCUUGUCAACCAGGUGGCAGAUAUUGUUGGUAGAGAGACCCCUUUUGCGAGGCAGAUGGAGGAGAGAAUUCAAAGAUGCCGAAACACGCUCUUACUAGACUUGAAUACGGCAAGUAAAGAGGCGAAGAGCGCAGGACCCCGAGGUCAGAUUAGGAUUUUGAAGUACCUUGCCAUUUAUCGGCUAUUGGGGGCAGAGACAGAGGCGGUUUCUGUCUUCAAAAAGCGCUAA